AUGCGAGGACUGGAAUGGGAUAAUAUGGGAGUGAAAGUUGACAGCCGGUAUUUACACGAUCUUCGUUUCACUGGUGACAUUGUUCUUAUGAAAUCAAGCAUCAAUCAGGCGGAACCUAUGCUGGCCGAAUUUGAUGAAACGUGUAAAAAGAUCGGUCUUCAGCUGAACCUAGACAAGACGACGUUAAUGAGGAACGGAUGGGUUUCUGAUGCCCCAUUCACGAUCAACGGAACGAAUGUACCCGAAUGCUCCAGCUGCGUAUAUCAUAUACAUAGCUGGAUACUCACCUUCGAGCUGGGCAGAAGGAAACGAGCUGCUUGGGGAACAUUCAAGAGCAUCGAGGAUGUAAUGAAGAGGACUAAGAACAUUCAACUCCGUGCUCACCACUUCAACACCGCCGUUCUUCCUGCCAUAGAUGCAAUAGUUGGAGCCGGUGUUCCGACUCCCUUCACUUUUGGCGGUUGGCGAUGGGAUACCCUUCGCUUUUGA